CCUCCUAGCUAUUGAUGUUGCUGUUCUUAGUAUCUCACCUCUAACAUCAUAUGUAUACGAACUGGGGAAAGCAAGUGAGUUCAGAAUGAUACGUUAGUAAGAACGUUUAAUGUGUUAGCAGUUUUGGCGAAGGCAGCUAACGUUAAUGUUAGACCAUUUGAAAGACAGUAUUCAACGUUAUACAAAAUAUACAAGCUGUCAUAAUGAGUUUCCCUGACGUUAGACCAAACUGUUAGUAUCAAACUGGCUAGUUUGAAGGUUACAAUGACAUAUUUGCAAAAUUAACACGCAGCUCAUUCAUGACAAUGUAAGGUUUCGACCGGUCAUAUUGUAGAUUUACACUACGAUGGAAUUACACCAGUAGUCUGAGUAGCUGAGAACUGUAAACCACACGAAGUUAAAGGACAAACAGAAAUAAAUAAAUAUUUCCUUUGUCAUAAACGGGCGAAAGCUGGUUGGGGUUGAAAAAAAGUACCUAUACUUUGUGCAAAGAGGCACGGGAGAGCUACUUUGAAGUUUUGCAAACUCAAAAGGAUAAACAAGUUCGUGUGGUAGCAUAUCUGCUCUGCAACAAAAGAGCAACAUGAGCUCUAAGGGGGGAGGCACAGCCUUGAGCCGUCGUAACUACCGCCUGGCCUCCGACACUGAGAAACCCAAAGCCACAGGAAUUGUGAAUGAGAAGCUGCUGAGUGACUACCUGCACCAUGUGUUCCCCUCGGCCUGCAAAUAUGGACUCACAUCAGCUGCAUACAGGAAAACUUUAACCUUCCAGGACCUGGACGCCCACCUGGAGCACCUGCUGUCGGAGGGCGAGCUCCCAGAGGAAAGCCGAGAUCAGGCAGCUGAUGGGCGUCUUGGUCCCUCGACGGUGGUGUUGGACCACACUAGUGGCUUUGAAGGCCUUCUCUUUGUUGAUGAUGAUCUCCUUGGGGUCAUUGGCCACAGCAAUUUCAGCUCCAUCAGAGCUACCACUUGUGUAUUCAAAGGGAAGUGGGUGUACGAGGUGCUCAUCUCAUCCCAAGGUCUGAUGCAGAUCGGUUGGUGCACGCUCAACUGCAGGUUCAAUCAGGAGGAGGGUGUUGGUGACACACCUGACUCAUAUGCUUAUGAUGGGAACAGGGUGCGCAAGUGGAAUGUCACCACUACAAACUAUGGCAAGUCAUGGGCGGCAGGAGACAUUGUCAGCUGUAUGAUAGACUUGGAUGAUGGCACCAUAACAUUUUGUCUAAAUGGCCAGUCCCUGGGCACAGCCUUCAGUAACAUUAAGAUGGGUCCGGGCAUCGCAUACUUUCCUGCCAUCAGUCUUUCCUUCAAAGAGUCAGUGGCUUUCAAUUUUGGGAGCCGCCCGCUCAGAUAUCCCGUGGAGGGAUACAGACCACUGCAGGACCCUCCUACCGCGGACCUUCUCAAAGCCAAUCGGCUGCUGGGCUACAUGAAAACCGUGCUGUCCACAACCAUUGAUACCCAGGAGGAGAAGGUUGUUGAAAAAGACAGCGCGUGUUGGCAGCUUCAUGGAGAGCCAACAGUUCUGGUCACCCUCGCCCACGUUUUUAACCACUUUGCUCCACUGAUGUGUAAAGUGUAUCUAGUGGAGGACGUGUUGAUGAACUUCCUGUUGACAAUCUUGGAAGGCGGGGGUUCAGUGGAUGAACAUCCUCUCAUCCAGCAGCUCCUGGACCUGUUCUGGCUGCUCAUGGAGGACUAUGAAGUGAACGAGUGCCUGAAGCAGCUGAUGAUGUCUCUCCUGCGGGCCUAUCGGUUCUCUCCCAUCAUCCCUGACCUGGGUUUCCAGAUUCACUACUUGCGUUUGACCACAGCCAUCCUACGUCAUGAGAAGUCCAGGAAAUAUCUGCUCAAUAAUGUCUUGUUUGACGUGUUGCGCUCCGUAGUAUUCUUCUAUAUUAAAACACCGCUGAGGGUGAAGGAGGCCGGCCUGGAGGAGCUCAUCCCUACGACAUGGUGGCCCACACGCUUUGACAAGGAGGGACGAGAUGAGCACGAGGUGAGGGAGGAGACUGCAGACGAGAGACUCAGGAGACGAGCGUAUGAGCGCGGCUGCCAGAGGCUCAAGAAGAGGAUUGAGGUGGUGGAGGAGCUGCAGGUGCAGAUCCUGAGGCUCAUGUUGAACAACAAGGACAAAGGGACGGGGCAAGCUUCUAGAUAUAUAUUCUUGAACAAAUUCCGGAAGUUUCUUCAAGAGAAUGCCAGCAACAGAGCGAACCCAACGGUGUUGUGUCCUCCCGAGUACAUGGUGUGUUUCCUGCAUCGGCUCAUCAGCGCCGUCAGAAGCUGUUGGGACGAGGGCAAGAGGAAGAACGGGGCGACUGUAAGCAGUGAGGACGGCUAUGUCCCACCUCAGCUGUUCUACAACGGAAAAGUGGACUACUUUGACCUGCAGAGGCUGGGAGGGCUCCUGUCUCACCUGAAGAAGACUCUGAAAGAUGACCUGGCCUCCAAGGCAAACAUCAUCAUCGACCCCUCCGAGAUUCUGCCCUCGUCUAUGGAUGACCUCGACGAGGAUGAAGAGAGCGGAGCUGCCCAGAGGCCCCUUGGAGCCGCUGCCACUGGAGGUGCCCCCGUGCGUCCCAGCUGGCUGAGCUCGCCCACUCUGGGCCGGGCCAAUCGCUUUCUCAGCACAGCCGCCGUCAGCCUCAUGACCCCACGCCGACCCCUCGCCCCCCCUGAGAAGGUCAAGGUUCGAACGUUAGCCGUGGAACAACGGACUGAGGAAGACAUUGAGGGAAACCAUGGUAACGACGGAUUGUUGCUGGGGCGACCAAUGGAAGAGCCGGAGCAGCCAAUCACAGAGAAGUCACUUCUGGAGAUCUUGGAUGGGAUUGUGAUGAUGUACAAUUUAAGUGUCCAUCAACAGCUUGGCAAGAUGGUGGUGGUUUCAGAUGAUGUGCAUGAGUAUGCUGUGGCCCUCAAAGACACAGAGGAGAAGAUAGCCAGGUGCCCCAGCAGGAGAGCAGACAUACUGGAUGAGCUGGUGAAGAGCCAGAAGGUGUUUGCUGAGAAGCUGAACCACCUGAGUCGAAGGCUGGCCUGGAUCAAUGCCACCAUCUAUUCUAAGGAGAAGAUGUUGGAUGUGUACUGGCUGCUGAGAGUGUGUAUUUGCACGAUUGAGCAUGCUGACAACACCGGCUCUCUGUUUGCCUUCAACCCUGAGUUCUACCUCAAUGUGGCCAUGAACAGCUACAGCGCACUCAAAAACUACUUUAGCCCAGCCAACAGCAUGGACGAGCUACCAGGCUAUGAGGAAACACUCACUCAGCUGGCUGCUAUUCUUGCUAAGCACUUUGCGGAUCCACGCAUAGUGGGGACAGACAUCAAAGACUCCCUCAUGCAGGCCCUAGCCAGCUACGUGUGCUACCCUCAAUCCCUCAGGGCUGUGGAGAGGAUCCCAGAGAACCAACGUGUGGCCAUGAUGAGGAAUCUGCUGGCCCCCUAUGAGCAGAGGCCCUGGGCUCAGACCAACUGGAUCCUGGUGCGCUUCUGGAAGGGUUGUGGGUUUGGCUACAGGUACACCCGGUUGCCUCAUCUACUUAAAACCAAACCUGAGGAUGCCACACUGCCCAGCCUUCAGAGAGAUUUGUCCAUUGCUAGCUUUCAAAAGCCCUGUCCAUCACUCCUGCUGCAGAGACAUAUGGCGGAGCUGCUGAGGCACGAUAAGGACAUGGCUGCCAGCUUUCUGAACAGCGUUCUCAACCAGCUCAACUGGGCCUUCUCCGAGUUCAUCGGCAUGAUUCAGGAGAUUCAGCAGGCCGCCGAGAGACCGGAGCGAAACUUCGUGGACACGCGGCAGCUGAAGGUCUGUGCCACCUGCUUCGACCUGUCUGUCAGCCUGCUGCGUGUGCUGGAGAUGACGGUCACCUUGGUGCCAGAGAUAUUUCUUGACUGGUCCCGCCCCUCAGCGGAACUGUUGCUGCGACGAUUAGCUCAGCUGUUGAACCAGGUGCUGAACCGUGUGACGGCCGAGAGGAACCUCUUUGACCGCGUGGUCAAUCUGCGUCUACCAGGACUGGAGAGUGUGGACCACUACCCCAUACUUGUAGCAGUGACAGGCAUCCUGGUGCGCAUCUUAGUGGAGGGCGACAGACAGGGAGUUGCAAGAGCAGCAUCCGUUCUCCUUUCAGACCCCUGUUUCCAGCUUCACUCCAUCCAGCACCUGCUUGGGGAGGGGGAAGCCAGUGCGACGGCGACUGCGACUGCGACUGGGACUGCGACCGGGACUGAGCGCAAGCACUUCUCUCUACAUGCCUACACGGACUACAUCAGUGCAGAAGAGGAACUGAAGGUGGAACAGAUGUUGGCUUUUCUUACAGAGGAAUCGAAGCAGGCUGCAGCCAGUACAGCACCCACCAGUGAGGAGGACCUGUGUCCCAUCUGCUAUGCACACUCGAUCUCUGCCAUCUUCAAGCCCUGCUCACACAAGUCUUGCAAAGCCUGCAUCAAUCAGCAUCUGAUGAACAACAAGGACUGCUUCUUCUGCAAGGCUACCAUCUUGGGUGUGGAGGAUUAUAUCAAGCCUGCGGGGUCUUAGCAUCCAGAGAAACACAAGAUGCACACAUGCAUGUGGAUACAAACACACACACACACACACUCACAUACACUUAUGCACUCUCACAAUAAACUACAGCGGCUUCUAGGCACUGACUACACUACACAGCACAGCACAGCACAGCACAGCACACACCUCCAAAGACCUCAUAUAACCACUUCCUCAUAUCCACACCCUCUUCAGUCAAACCACAUCUGUUUCCUGAAGAGUCCUCUGGCAAACAAAGAUGAUGACCACCUGUGAUGUCACUUUCACCUGUGUGGAGGGGAUCAAACACCUCUGGGAUGGGAACCUCUGAGUGGAAACACCUUCAAUCCCAUCGGCAACCGAGAAUUAACGAGGUCUACCUGACAUGUCCACAAAUUUAGAUCUUUUUUUUUGCACCAAGUAAUAUCAAAUAAUAUCAUUUGGUGCAAAAUAAUAAUAUUAAAAUAAUAUAAAAAAUAAAAUGUGAAAAUACAUGUCAUAAAAUGGUGGUUAUUUGAUUUUUGGAUUUGCAUUUUUCUCAGAGAUGCACUUGGACCUGGUUAAUUCUCAGUUUGGCGACCCGUGGGCACCAGGUCCUGUGUGAAACUUCAUGCUCCUUCCCUUCCCAUGCCGAUGUACCGAUGUACACCCUGUAAGCAUGGCUGUCUCAAUUGACAUACCUGUGCAAUAACCCCACAUCUAGGUGGAGAGGAGCAUCCUAGUUGCUACAAGGUUCCCCUUCAUUGGAAUCCAUGGGUUGGAGGUAAUAUGUGGAGGUAGAGGAGGCACUCUAAAACAGGCACCACUGGAUGGGCUCCAGCAGGCCCAGCAGUCAGGAGGCCACCAUACUCUUGUGUUCUCCCCUCCACUUAGGGCUUGUGUCCCAUCACUGCUCCUGAGAUCAUACAGUCAGGAGGCCACCAUACUCUUGUUUCUCCUCUCCAGUUUGGGCUCCAUCACAGCAGUCAGUCAGGAGGCCAGCAUACUCUUGUUUCUCCCCUCCAGUCUGGGCUCAUGUCCCCCAUCAUACA